AUGCCUGGAGCUUACGUACGGUCUCAACCGCGCCGUCGUACAGAGACACGACUACCUUUCCCAUGCGAAGGCGAGCCACGGCCGGACGCAGAGUUCUGGUUUGCGGACGGGAACAUUGUUCUCAUCAUGGACUGCACCGCCUUUCGAGUACACCAGAGCGUGCUCUCUCGACACUCCGACAUCUUCCGCGACCUCUUCACUAUCCCGCAGCCUGCUGACACAGAGACCAUGUUCGGCUGUCCCGUUGUCCAAAUAUACGAUCCCCUUUCGGAUAUACGCCUCUUGCUACGUGUCUUGUACGAUGGUGGCAGGCAUUGUUUAGAGCACAAGCCGGAGCUCGAGUUCGCGAUCGUGGACGUCCUGGUCAGACUCGGACACAAAUACCAGGUGGAGGACCUCCGCGCGGACGGCCUGGCGCGGAUAAAGCGGGUCUUCACCGACAACUUCGAUAUGUGGGAUUCCCACUCGCGGUCGGGGAAAAUGGGCACGGAGCUUCUGCGCCUCACACGCCUGGACGCCAUGUCCGCGGUGAACCUAGCGCGCAUCGCUAAUGCUCCGUCCCUGCUGCCGGUCGCCCUCUAUUAUUGUUGCCAGCUGGAUAUUUAUGAACUCUGCAGGGGUGUGCCUCGCGCGGAUGGCACGACGGAACGGUUGUCCUCAGAGGACAUGGAUCGGUGCAUCGACGGAAUGUCCACCCUGGCGCAGAAAUGCGCCAGCGGAGCGCCGCUAAAAUUGGCAUGGAAGUACGCCAGGUGUACGAGCUACGGACGAUGCGUGGAGAUCAAGCGUGAGCUCCUGGUGAAGCUCCAGGGUGCCGAAAAGCGGUUCGACGCUCUCGCUCCGAUGGAUGACGAUAUUGACUGGCUAUGCGCGACCUAUGGGCUGUGCGAGGAAUGUAAGCAGGUUAUGAAGACGAAACACCUGAAGUAUCGACGUCGGGUCUUCAAAGAGCUUCCGUCCUACUUUGGCCUCGUCGAAUGGGCACAGCUUCGAGCUGCGGAGGCUGCGAGCAGAGUGACGGACGAUUCUCGUUGUAAUUUCCGAACCAAGUAG